AUGCCUCGAAAUUAUCUGAGGAAAGCUUCGGAUAGAUGCGUCGUAACAGAUGAACAGCUGGAAGCCGCCAAAUUAUUAAAGGGUGCCAGUAAAAGAAAAGCUGCAUUUCAAGUCGGACUUAAGGAAAGUACGCUGCGAAAACGUUUAAAAACUGGGAAGACAGCAAACAGCUUGGUAAGAUUUUCUUUGACAUUCACCAAGGACCAAGAGACUGAUAUAUACAAAUAUAUUAAACAAAGUGAUGAUCUUUAUUAUGGUCUCACAAUGCAGAAACUCCAGAAGUUGAUUUAUGAGUAUGCUGAAGUAAACAAAAUUAGCUGGCCGAGACUGGGCAGAUUAGAGGUAAAGGCUUUAAAUGAUGGGGACUUAUUUUUGGACUUCAAGAACUGGUGGCCAAGAUAUUAUACUAAAACAGCAAUAUCAGAGGAAACCAAAGGCAGAGGUGUCAUCAGAUCACUAUCUGAAAAUAAAAUCUAUUUCCAACCCACUGUCUUCAAAGAAUUUAGACAUUUAAUUAAAAGGGCUGGUAUUAUCCAGGCACUUAUUGCCCAAAGAGUGCGGUUGCCAUGUGAAAAAGCAUAUGAAACUGUGAACCCCAUAAACGCAAAGAAAAUUCAAGAUAUUAAAAAGCUUAUUAGCUACAUUCGUGACACUCAUCAAGAUUUUUAUAAAAAAAUAUUGACAUGGCCCACAACACAAGCAAGAAUAUAA